GCAGUUGAUUGUCGUUAAAGGUCGUUCGUACAAAUCAACUGGUCCCAUAUAACUUGACAGAUUUCUUCUUGUUAGUACAUAUGGUACAUGAAAUUGGUCAGCUUCUGGGACUUGUCCUGGGAGCGAUAGUUUUCUGUCCAAGUAGACUGCACGCAUUCCAGCCAGCUGCCUCGCACUCGGGAAAUCGCUUGAGACGUCUCCAUUCUACAGCAGUAAAUCAGCUUGAGGUAGACAUAGCCAAACUGAAGAGGGUUCUGAAAAAGGAAUAUGUUUCGUUCUUUGACCCAAUGGAAACCCAGUUUUAUUCGCCAUCGGUAUCUUUCAUCGACCCCAUGACGAGCUUUACAGGUGUCGAAAACUAUAAACGUAAUGUGGACAUGCUUGCUGCACGAACCUCAAUGGGAAAGUUUCUUUUCAAAGACGCUGGUAUUGUUUUGCACUCGGUAGAAGGCGGAGCUUUGAAAUCUGACGGCUCAAUUGAGGAUAUAUGUACUCGAUGGACUCUUCGAUUAACAGCUAAAAUCUUACCAUGGAGUCCAACUGCUCGCUUUUCUGGAAUAUCAGUAUACCAAGUCAAGGCAGGUGGGAGAAAAGGUGUUGAGAUAAUCAAACAAAGUGAUUUCUGGGAUUCCAUCAAUAUCCAAGAGGGUGGCACCUACAAAGAAGUCAACAAAGGCCUCGCCAUUUCUGAUUUUUUAAGCCAGCUGAAACCUGAGGAUUUAGCUGCGCCCUCAGCUGGAGCCGAGCUUCCCUAUCAAUUAUUGCGCCGAGGGAAUGGCUACGAAGUUCGACGUUAUCCCAGCCACAACGCCGUCGAAAUCAAUUAUGAGCGACGGGAUGAUGGUUUUAGUAUGCUUGGAUCCUUUACGAACGGGAUGGAACCAUUGGCGCCGGCUUUGAUGGCCAUCCCUUGCGCUGGAUCCAAAACGAUGAUGUGGCCUUUGGAUUUUGCUGCUCCCGGAAGCGACUACCCACCCAAACCUGCAGCCGCGCUCGAAAAAGCUAACGAUGGCCUAUGGAAUGAUUGCCGUAUUGUCACGGUGCCGGAAAAGGUAGUCGCCGUGCGCCUUUUUUCGAAUGCGAGUGUCGAGCCAGUCGUUCGGCAAGCCGACAAGGAGCUUCGGGACGUUUGUCUACGGGACGGUAUCGGAAUACCUCUUUCGAGUGAAUCGCUGUUGCAAUUCGCACAAUACGAUGCAAUAUUCAGUAUGGGAAAGAGAAGAACGGAAGUUUGGAUCGACCUAGAGGAUAGUAGCCAUCCUUGGUCUCACAAUCAGUGAAAAGUACACUAUCAUUGAAUGUUAGAUAAGUUAGCCCCUUCUAAAAAGGGUU